AUGGCACCACCAGGAACAAUGCAGGUGGUGGAACAGAGCCAGUCUCAGCCACGAGCCAUGGGUUUCCCCCACCAUCAGUGGGGCAGCUCGUUUAAACACACCAUGUCAAAUUCAGCACAACCUCCACAGGCAGAGGACUUUUACAAGACAGACCUGGAGGGGAGAUUUUUCCCAAGCUGGACAGAAGUCUCUAAGGUUGGGGAGGUGACACUUGGAGAAGGCCAGCAGGCCAGAGGGGUCUCCGCUCAAGGGGAAACAUGUGAGCCCAAGACUGACAUUGUUUUCCUGAAAGUCCACAAGAGUGCCAGCAGCACCGUCAUGAACAUCCUCUUCCGCUUCGGUGAGAUGCACAACCUCACCUUUGCCUUCCCCAUGGGGGGCGGCAACCAGCUCUUCUAUCCACACCACUUCCUGGCGAAGUUUGUGCAGGGCUUCUCCCCCAAGAGCCCUCGGCAGUUCAACAUCCUCUGCCACCACAUGCGAUUCCUGCGGCCAGAGGUGCAGAAAGUGGUGUCCAGCUCAGCUGUCUACUUCUCCAUCCUCAGGAACCCUGUGCAGCUCAUGGAGUCCUCCUUCAUGUACUACAAGGGUACAUCAGCUUUCUCCCAUGUUCACAGCCUGGAGGAGUUCCUCAGUCAGCCAUACCACUACUACAAUGCCACAAAAAGUGACAGCCACUACGCCAGGAACCUCAUGACAUUCGACUUUGGCUUCAAUCCCAACGGAGAGGUCUCAGCCAAGAGGGUGCAACUCAUGCUGAAAGCCAUCGAGGUGUCCUUUGACUUGCUUCUCAUCUCUGAGUACUUUGAUGAGUCCAUGGUGCUGCUGAAGGAGAUGCUGUGCUGGGACCUGGACAGCGUCGUCUCCUUUCCACUCAACAUCAGGGACAGCAGCACUAAGUCCCCCCUCUCAGCCACCAUGGUGGAGAAGAUAAAGGACUGGAACAGGCUAGACUGGGAAAUCUACACCCACUUCAACAGGACCUUCUGGGAAAGGAUCGACCGAGACAUCGGCAGGGAACGCAUGCACCGCGAAGUAAAGGCACUUCGGCAGAGGCAGGCAGAGCUGGCAAGGACCUGCCUGCAAGGGGCAGGCAGCGUGUCCCCGAAGGACAUCAAGGACUCUUCCCUGCGGCCACUGCAGCACGGCAAUGCAAAGAUCUUGGGCUACAACCUCAAGCAGGGCUUGGAUAAGGAGACAGAGCACGUGUGCCGGCGGCUGGUGACCCCGGAGCUGCAGUACAGCAGCACUCUGUACAAGAAGCAGUUUCCCCAGAAGCCCCCCCAGCCCCGCCAGCCCACUCCCUCUCGGCAAGGCAAUGCCCUGCGGCACAGGCUGGAGGGCACCCAAAACUGA